GAGCAUCUUCUCCCGGGAUGCAGAGGCGGAGCGGGCGGGGUCCUCAUCCCCACUCCUCCUCAUCCUCCUCCUCCUCCUCCUUCCCCCGGGCCUGCGGCGGCCACACGGUUCGCACAGGGAGCGCAUCACGCAGCACUGCGCGCGUCGGGCGUUGGUGAACGCGGCUGUCAGUCAGCAUAAAAUGGAACGGAAUUAAGAGCCGAGUGUGUGAAGACGCGGUCAGAGAGAGCUGCAGUCUCCAUGCCGUGUGUUUUCUCUCCCACGGACUAGCGCCACAGCGACCCAGAGCGAAGCUAGAAAACACACCGGUGUUAAAAACACACCAGGCGGACAUUUUUCCCCCGGUGAAGCUAAGGGAUUUUUUUAUUACCUGAGGAAAAAGCGCCGUUUUCCCCUGUGUGUGUGAGGUAUUUGAAACUAUUAUUUGCCGUUUUUCACGCGGUUCGCGGCUCCGCUUUAUAUUUAUUGAAAAUUACUAAUAGAAAACGAGCUUUAUUUUAAUAUAUUUCCCACCAAGGGCCGUCAUCAUGGCGUGGCCCUGCAUCACCAGGGCUUGCUGCAUGGCGCGCUUCUGGAACCAGCUGGACAAGGCUGACAUUGCGGUGCCGCUGGUUUUCACUAAAUACUCGGACGUGGCCGAGGUGCAGCACCUCCAUCCGCACGAGCCGAGGAGCCCUCUGCGGACUGGAGCCAGCUCGGUCGCCAUAGAAACGCAGCCUCGCGCUGAGCAGGAGGCGCCCGCUGCUGCUACCGCUGCUGCUGCCGCCGCUGCUGCCGCCGCUGCUGCCGGUGCUGAUGCUGAGGAGAGUUCCACGGGAUCGGUGAUGCGGCAGGACUUCAAGCACUGGAAAGUGCGCCCGGAGCCCAGCUGCAAGCCCAAGAACGAAUACCAUGCCUCAGAAACGCCGUUCGACAACGAGACCCAGUAUCAGAAGGAUUUUAAAGCGUGGCCCAUCCCCAAGCGUGGGGACCACCCGUGGAUUCCCAAGGCCAGCCCCACAGUCACGGUGGGAGACGAGCGGCCUGGGUGGACAGAGGUGGACAGCGGGAUGGAGAAAAGUGAGAUCGCCGACAAGGUGACGGAGAAGGACAUCCUGUCUGGGGAACGCAAGAAGAGGCAGGUGAAGAAAGCUUCGGAAAAGAAGGUGCUCUUUCAGGCGGAAGGAGAGCAGCCUGGGGACGGGGCCAUGGAGGGCAGGGCGAGAGAUGUGCUCAACAGGCAAAUCAAGGAGGAGACGGCAGCUGUGAGCUCUUACAGGAAUGAGUUCAAAGCCUACGCGGAUGUGAAGCCCGUGAGAGCGAUCCGAGCCAAGUCCCAGUACCAACCCCCUGAUGAGAAGACUAGCCUGGAGACCAGUUAUAGUGCCACCUUUAGGGGUGAGCAGGCUCUGCAGCAGUCUACAGAGAACAAGGCCCUAGAGCGGAGGAGGAUACGCAGCCUCUACAUCGAGCCCUAUAAAGAACCCGCCAAGGUGGAGAAACCCAGUGUUCAACGGUCCAAGACAAAAAAGACGACAACAUCAGUGAGCCAUGUCAAACUGACAAAGAAGGCCAAAGACAAGCAGACCACGUCAUCCCGUGGUGCCAAAAAGAAGACCUCUGAGAACCAGCCCGAGACCAAGCCAGAGGAGGGGGACAAGGAGAAAAGUAAAGAGAUGAACAACAAACUGGCUGAGGCAAAAGAAGACCCCGAGGCUGAGGUUUGUGGACCCAGUGAUCAUUCCCAGGGUGCCGCUGGAGGAGAACCCGAACCACUGGUGGAGAGACCCGAGUCACGGCGGGGGGGCGGAGUCGUGCGCUUUGCACCUGACGUGAAAUAGAUGUGACACAGAUCCUGCCAGCAGUCCCCCCCAAGACCUCAUUCCCUGGCAACAAGCCCCGCUAUCCAUCCACUGGAGAGGAAUGGUGGCUUGUACAUAUGUAGCAUAGACCCCAGAGAUGCUCUGGAAAAGAGGUGUAACAGACUGUGAUUCAGGCUGAGAGGACUGACCCUGACACUGAGAACCAUGAGGAGUGGCUUGCUGUGUGCACGCGCAUGAUUCAACAGCACAGUCUGAAGUUUCUGAACCAUGAUCAGUGGCUCCCAGUAAAAUCAUUAACA